AUGUCUUAUAAUCGCUUGGACGACGAUUACUACGGCGAUCCCAUGGAUCGUCGAGGCGGUCGAGGCGAUCCCUAUCGCUCCCCGUCGCCUCAGCACCCCAUCCAGCCUGGCUACCAGCUGGACGAGAACCCGUACGGUCGCAGCCACUCGAACCUCGAUAUGCCCAUGCAGCCGCCGCCCCAUCUGGGGACCCCAAUCGACUCGCGCAUGGGGACGCCGAGUGACCAUCUCGCGCUCAACGCACCCCACUCGACCGACAACCUGUCCGGAUACGACGCGCGUAGCCACCACCCACAAGAGUACGCCGUGAACCCCGAGGGCCUCCACGAUGGAUACUACCAGCAACCCUACGAACCAAGCCCUGCGCCGCAGGACGGCCAGGGCUACGAGUGGGAGGACCGCCGGCCCAUGCUCGUGCACCAGCCCUCUGGUCUGACCAACGAGGCCUUCCAGGACGAGCCGGCCCAACCUCAGCCAGCACCCGGCGGCGGAUUGAAACGCUGGAAGACGGUCAAGCAGGUUCUCCUCUACCGCGGCAACCUGGUGCUCGACUGCCCCGUGCCCCCCGUGCUGCUGCAGCAGAACCCGCACGGCGAGCGGGACGAGUUCACCCACAUGCGCUACACGGCCGCCACGUGCGAUCCGUCCGACUUUUACAACGAGAACUUCACCCUGCGCCAGCGCCUCUUCAGCAAGCCCCGCCACACGGAGCUGUUUAUUGUCGUCACCAUGUACAACGAGGACGACGUGCUCUUUGCGCGCACCAUGAUUGGCGUGUUCAAAAACAUUGAGUACAUGUGCAACCGUCCCAACAGCAAGACGUGGGGCAAGGAUGCAUGGAAGAAGAUUGUGGUCUGCGUCGUCAGCGACGGCCGUGCCAAGAUCAACCCGCGCACCCGUGCGCUGCUGUCCGGCAUGGGCGUCUACCAGGAGGGUAUCGCGAAGCAGCAGGUCAACAGCAAGGACGUCACGGCCCAUAUUUACGAGUACACGACACAGACCCAUCUGACGCUCAAGAACGACGUCGUCUCCCUGGUCCACCGUCGACAGCCCGUGCAGAUGCUGUUCUGCCUCAAGGAGAAGAACCAAAAGAAGAUCAACUCGCACCGUUGGUUCUUCCAGGCCUUUGGCCGCGUGCUGGACCCCAAUAUCUGCGUGCUGCUCGACGCGGGUACACGUCCAGGUGGGAGCUCCAUCUACCACCUGUGGAAAGCCUUUGAUCUCGAGCCCAUGUGCGGCGGCGCCUGCGGUGAGAUUAAGGCAAUGCUGGGAAGGGGAGGCAAAAACCUGCUCAAUCCCCUGGUGGCGACGCAGAACUUUGAGUACAAGAUGAGCAACAUUCUCGACAAGCCGUUCGAGUCUGCUUUUGGCUUCAUUUCCGUGCUCCCCGGUGCCUUUUCGGCGUACCGCUAUGUUGCGUUGCAGAACGACAAGAACGGCCAAGGCCCCCUGGAAAAGUACUUUCUCGGCGAGACGCUGCACGGCGGUAGCACCGCGGGUCUUUUCGAGUCCAACAUGUACCUGGCCGAGGAUCGCAUCCUCUGCUUUGAGCUUGUCACGAAGCGCAACUGCCACUGGAUCCUGCAAUACGUGAAAUCGGCCACGGGCGAGACGGACGUGCCCGACACGGUGACGGAGCUGGUGCUCCAGCGUCGUCGUUGGCUGAACGGUUCGUUCUUUGCGGCGAUCUACUCCAUUGUCCACUUCUACUCCUUCUUCCGCUCCGAUCAUUCCUUCUUCAGCAAGCUGGCCUUUGUCAUCGAGACCAUCUUCCAGACCAUCAACAUGAUCUUCGCUUGGUUCGCCAUCGGCAACUUUUUCCUGGUGUUCAAGAUCUUGACGACAAGUCUGGGCACCGAUGAUCUUCUCGGUAGGACGGGCGAGAUCCUCGGCGUCGUUUUCACGUGGUUAUAUGGUGUGAUGCUCAUCACCUGUUUUGUACUGUCCAUGGGCAAUCGUCCAGCCGGGUCGGGCAGGUUGUACACCGCCAUGGUCUGGUUCUGGGCAGGCCUCAUGAUCUAUCUCAUGUUUGCCGCCAUUUACAUUGCCGUCAUUGCCAUCAUGGACGAUAUCAACAACAAUGGCUUCAGCAUCAACGAACUGUUCAAGAACCAGGUCUUUUACACGCUGAUCGUGUCGGUCAUGUCCACGUUUGGCAUCUGGCUCAUCGCGUCGCUGCUCAUGUUCGAUCCCUGGCACAUGGUCACGUCGCUGGUGCAGUACAUGCUGCUGACGCCCACCUACACCAAUGUCCUCAACGUGUACGCCUUUUGCAACACGCACGACGUCUCGUGGGGCACCAAGGGCGACGACAAGGUGGAGAAGCUGCCGUCGGUCAACACCAAGGAUGGCCAGGGCAAGACGGACCUCCCCGACGAGGGCGAUCUCAACGCGCAGUACCAGCGGGAGAUUGCGCUCUUUGCGCAGAAGCACAAGGAGGUCAAGGCGCCGCCCACGGCCGCCCAGCUGCAGGAGAAGCAGAUGGACUACUACCGUGGUGUGCGCACGGGCGUCGUGCUGAUCUGGAUGAUCACCAACUUUGCGCUCGCCGCCGUCGUCCUCAGCGCCGGUGGCCUGGACAAGAUCACGCCCGGCAAGGAUGCCGCCGACCAGGAGACUGAGCGGUCCAACAUCUACAUGUCCAUUGUGCUGUGGUCUGUCGCUGCCCUGAGCGCGUUCAAGUUCAUCGGCGCGUUGUGGUUCCUCAUUGUUCGCAUGUUCAGGGGUGUCUAG